UAAAUAAAGACUAGGGCAGGUGUUUUUGAGCCUUUUAAAUUAAGGGGAAUUUCAUUCCAUUGAACGAAGAAACAACAAACCCACCACCUCAAGUAAUUGAGAGACAAUAUGGCGGAGGAGCAGAAGAACCCAGAAAUCACGAUUCAUGAAGAAGCAGGUCCUAAGAAAACAUCAUGGCCGGAAGUAUUCAGACUCACCGCCGAUGAAGCGGUGAAGAAAAUAAAAGAAGACAUGCCAACUGCUCAUACUGUUGUGCUUCCUUACGGUCGCCCCGUCACUUGUGAUUACCGCAAUUAUAGGGUUCGAAUCUUCGUUAAUUCCACCGGAAAAGUUGCCAGCAUUCCUCAUAUCGGCUGAUUCAAACACUCUCUCUCUC